CUAUUUCUGAAAUUGAAACUGUCUCGCGAAAAUCGUAAAAAAUACAAAUCUGUCUACAAACUAGACACGAGUAAUACAUCAGUAUAUUAACAAUCAACGUAUUUCUUUUGUCUUAUGAUGUGGUAAAAUUUAUGUGCAACAAGUUUCUAAUAGAAAACAUUGGCCGAGUGCUUAAACAUCUUUUGUAUACAGCUAUGAGAAUUAUAUCGACAGAUGCAAUAACCAACAAAGUUCUGUGUAUAAAACCUGUAAACGAAAAUGUGGGCAAGGAGACUAUUCUGAAAGUGACAGACUGGUUGCGUGGAAUCUGGGAGAUGAGACGACGUCCUGGGCCGGUUCAACAAUGGAUUGACUCGAUACCAUUGCCUACUAAGUCAGAUGUUGCAGUUGCGAGCGAGUGUCAUACACCGAGUGAUCCGUUAACACCAACAGAGCCUAAGGACAUUCCGUUUACAAAGCGAUCGAAGCCACCGAAUAUGACUGUAUCGGCACCAAUCACCGUUCCUAAUUCGCCAGCGAUGAGUGUACUACCGAGUUCGCUGCCGCAUAGACUGGCUCGGGACGCGAGUUUUCAAUCGGAUAGCAGUCACUGCAGCAGCGUUGAGAGCCUGUUAGAAUUACGAAAAGCGGAUCCUACAGCUAUUCUGCUCGAUCUCGGCUUCGGCGGUUGCUCCGCCAGUUCGCAGGAAAAUGGCCCGCUUUCCCGCAUUCCCAAGAGGUUCCUACAGCCGUCGACGCUGAGAGGCAUCGCCAUCGACGAUUUCGUUAAGCAGCAACAAGAGACCAGCGAGUCCUUCGACUCGGUGUCCUUAGGAUAUAGAGGCCUAACCGGAUCGCCGUAUGUAGCCCCGUCGGAAAUUGUGCAGAAGAUCAUGGAACGUUUGCGGGAGCACGACUUUCACGAAGUGGAUACGAAUUCGUACUAUUACUGCGAGCAAUACAGCCCGUCGCAUCAGAAUGGCAGAUUAUCCGUUCUGUCUCCCGAUAACAGGCAGUUCCUGGAACAGCCGCGUUCUAAAAGUCCCGACAUGCGUAACAAACGUAUGAUUAUAGGCCAAAAGUCAUUCGCCUUCGGAUGCGACGGCAACUUGAUCGAAAUAUCCCCCGGUGACACGGCAAAACUUGCGUCUGCCGACACGGUGGAUAAUUACAACGUUUCGUUGGACGCCGAUGAGUCCGUGGAAUCGAAGCAAUCGGAAGAAAGGAUAACGUUCGAGGACUCGUGUCUCUCGGAUAACGACGAGAAUUUAGCGAAGCGAUUGCCGUUCGACGAUAUCGCCGAAUUUCCUGAAUCCGAUCAGUCGAGAAACGGUCAUCAGGCGUCGUCUUCGUCGAGUGGUAGUUCAGAUAUUGCUCAAAUAGGCGCGGGAGUGAAUAAUAAUAAUAACGAGCGGGAGUGCAACACGAUGGAGACAACGUAUGGGAGAUGUGAAUUUCCGCGACAUUGUCCUGAUACUCGAAGGGCCAGCGAGGGUUCGUGCGACACGAAGUCCUUGGAAGACAGAAUGUUCGACGAGGGGCGUAGAUUCAGCGACGGCGCGGUUCACAUCAGCCAGCGCAGCUCGUUGCUGCAGAAGAGAAAGAGCCUCAAGAGGCAGUCUAGGGUGUGCGACACGACGCAGUAUCGCGGUCUAAGUCCUAUUAAGUCUAGCGUAGCGGAUGCAAUACUCGAAUCUAACGUAGACCACGAGGAGGAAGUAUCGCUAAGUGACGUCACAGAUAUUAGUAUACACCAAUUAAAUGCACCAAAGUCGUUCCAGCUGGCCGAGAGCAGAGGCGAUACGAAAACCGACGCGGGACCUUGUCUCAAUAACCCCGGUUACGCGUCUUCGCCAUGGAAGAGCGAAGGUGAAUCCGUCGAUCAGAUAAAACGCCUCGAAACCGCGGGAGAAGACUCGGAAUCGAGCGAGCAUUCUUGUACGGCCGAUUCUCAGGUCUGUUGCUACAAAGGUAAGGUGUGUAAGAAUUGCAAGCACGGCAGGAACUGCUCGGAUCGUUGCUGCUACGUCGACAGAAGGAGGUAUUUGAAAAAGAUGAGGAAGAUAAUGCAGGAAAAUAAGAAAUUGGAAAACAUGUUGGCGAGGAACAGGAGAGAAGUGGCGGAGAUUCGUGGUAUGCUGAGCAAUGUCUGGUCGGUUAGAAUGGAGCCCGGAUUUUAAGGCGGUUCGUGAAAAUUUUAAAUGUGCGCUCACUCUUGUAGUUAAGAAUGGUUAACCGAAACCAUAACCUCGCGAUAUAUACGUGUUUAGGAGACGAUUGAUAUCUUAUAGGAAAUUUUGAACUUUCUAUUUAAACUUGAAACCGAUCUAUUCUUCUAUUUCAGAAGUCGAAUAUUUUCGAAGCUCGCGUUUUAUAAAAUACAUUAUCUACUGUAACAAGAGAUAUUUCUACAAAUUAUAUGAGAACAAUCUCUUUUAGCGUCCAUAUUUUUAGUUAAAAUAUAAAAAGUAGGUAUUAUAUAAUAUAUAUAUAUAUAUAUAUAUAUAUAUUUAAUUAUAUAUUUUCUGUGCGUGCGGAAUGUUACGCCAGAAAAA